ACUCGGCUCCUCCCCAGCCACGCGCCUGCCCCAACCUCCGGCAGGUUUCGGGCCGCCGCCUCCGAGCAGUCGGCGCUGGGAGGCAGGAGGAAGGAGGCACAAUGCAGGCGUGCGGGGGCGGCGCGGCCAGCCGCCGGGCCUUCGACAGCAUCUGCCCCAACAGGAUGCUGGCGCUGCCUGGCCGGGCGCUGCUCUGCAAGCCCGGGAAGCCGGAAAGGAAGUUCGAUCCUCCGCGGAAGUUCUUGCCGGGAUGCACAGGCGGGAGCCCGGUGUCGGUGUACGAGGAUCCCUCAGACGCCGAGCCCACUGCGCUGCCAGCCCUCACCACCAUAGACCUGCAGGACCUCGCGGACUGCUCUUCGCUACUCGGGUCCGACGCGCCGCCUGGUGGUGACCUAGCCGCAUCGCAGAACCAUUCCCUCCAAACGGAAGCGGACUUCGAUCUGCGGGAUUUCAGAGACACGGUGGAUGAUCUCAUUGCAGAUUCAUCUUCUAUGAUGUCACCUGCCCUGGCCAGCGGAGACUUCCCCUUCUCUCCUUGCGACAUAUCACCAUUCGGGCCCUGCCUCUCCCCAUCACUGGACCCACGGGCCUUGCAGUCACCACCACUGCAGCAUCCAGACGUGCCCCCGCCUGAGCAGUACUGGAAGGAGGUGGCAGACCAGAACCAGAGAGCGUUGGGAGACGCGCUUGUUGAGAACAAUCAACUGCACGUGACGCUGACCCAGAAACAGGAGGAGAUCGCCUCGCUCAAGGAACGAAAUGUGCAGCUGAAGGAACUCGCUAGCCGAACCCGGCACCUGGCCUCGGUGCUGGAUAAGCUGAUGAUCACACAGUCCUGGGAUUGUGAGGCGGCAGCUGAGCCCUUCCUGCUGAAGGCGAAGGCCAAAAGAAGCCUGGAGGAGCUGGUCAGUGCCGCGGGGGAGGAUUGCGCGGAAGUGGAUGCCAUCCUGCGGGAGAUUUCCGAGCGCUGCGAUGAAGCCCUGCACAGCCGUGAUCCCAAGAGGCCGCGACUGCAGCCAGAGUCUGUGAACAUGGACAGCAGGCCCGGGAAUCUGCAUGGCGCUUUCCGGGGACUGCGCACCGACUGCAGCCGGAGCAAGUUGAAUCUGAGCCAUAGUGAGCUGGAGGAGGGCGGCUCCUUCAGUACCCCCAUCCGCAGCCACAGCACCAUCCGAACCCUCGCCUUCCCCCAGGGCAAUGCCUUCACCAUCAGAACAGCCAACGGGGGUUACAAGUUCCGCUGGGUCCCCAGUUGAGCUGUGAUGUGUUCUCCCAAAACACUGCCCUGUGUUUCCACGGAAGUGCCUGAAGGUUUCCCAGAACUCUCCCUUCAGGCUGAAUGCCACCCUGAAACAUUUUUUCAGGAAGAAAAACAUCUUGAUACCGAUGCACUGUAAACUUCUGCUACAAAACAUUGUAUAGCCCCUCCCCUUGUCACAGUGAAACUCUGUGUAUAUAUGUGUAUGUCACAUGUGUCACAGCCAAUUUUAAAGGUAUUUAUUUUUAGCAGCUUUGAAUUACGUAUUUUUAGAGCAGGGAGGGAUUUAGAAACCACAGCUACUUUUAUAAUUAUAUAAUGCUCUAGCUUUAUAAGAAGGAAAAGGAGGCUCUAAAAGGUUAAGUAAUUUCCUGCAAUGGGAAACACUGCAACAUUUCAAUCAGUUUCACUAGUCACUUAAGGACUCCAGGCCCAGAAGCCUGGUUUCUGAGUGAAUGUUUUUAUACAUCACUCAACUUUCCUCAGUCCUAGAAGGACACCUAAUUUUGUUACUAUUGAAAACUUUUAUUUUGGCGGCCAAAAUAUGAAAUUGGGAGAGGUAACCUAAACUGUUGUCUUAGGAAAAGGCAGAUUCUCAGAGGCGAUGGGCUAUUAACAAAAUGAACGCUAAGCACACUUGUUUGUAAUGAUCAUUUGUAUAAUUUAGAAAAUGUAUGGCAAAGGUUUAUAUUCGUUAUCCGUACAGUUCUAUUUGUGCAAACCGAAUAAUCAUCUAAAAAACAAACAUUGUUAAUGAGAAAUAUACAUUGUUUUAAGAAAAUAGCAUAUGCCACAUGAAAAAGUGUUCCCAUUUUUUUUGCCAGAAAUGAAGUGUGGAAAUCUUGAUCAAAGUAAAACUACCUACUUGCACUGCACAGAUAAACCUGGGGUGCUCAGUCAUAUUUUACAUUUCCUGGCUCGAUCUAUAUAACUUGCAAGAAAAACUUGCCGUAAAAAGACAGCAUGCCUUCACUUUGACUUGACUUCCUUCUAUUCCCUGUUGUCUGGAGUUUCUUUGUUUUCCCUUUCUUUCCUUCCUUCCUUCCUUCCUUCCUUCCUUCCUUCCUUCCUUCCUUCCUUCCUUCUUCCUUCCUUCCUUUUUUCCUUUCUUUCUUUCUUUCUUUCUUUCCCUCCCUCUCUCUCUCUUUUUCUUUCUUUCUUUCCCCCUUUUCUCUUUCAAGGUUCGCUCUUGUUGCCCAGGCUGAAAUACAAUGGCUCUAUCUCAGCUCACUGCAACCUCUGUCUCUCAGGUUCAAGUGAUUCUCCGGUCUCAGCCUCCUAAAUAGCUGGAAUUACAGGCAUGUGCCACCACACUCAGCCAAUUUUUGUAUUUUUAGUAGAGAUGGGGUUUCUCCAUGUUGGUCAGGCUGGUCUUGAACUCCUGACCUCAGGUGAUCCGCCUACCUCAGCCUCCCAAAGUGCUGGGAUUACAGGUGUGAGCCACCCCGCUGGGCCCCCGGGGUUCUUUUCUACUUGUUUCUGAAAUGAUGUGCGUGGCAUAUGUCAAGUAGUGAUUUUUCCUGACCUUCACAGUUCUUAACAUGAGGGCUACUUCUUGCACUUGGGGGCUCAGCUUGGGCACGGUUUCCAACUGUGUUACGCCACACUGCAUUGCUGGUUCUGCCAGUCUGAGAGGAGAUACCAGGUAACAGGUGAGUUGGCAGUGUGGCAGAACCUGCUCUUCCAGUUUGUCAUGUAUGUACUGUUAUCUGUAUUUAAGUACCCAUUUUGAAACCAAAAAGUGAUAAAACAGACCACAUUUCCUCAUAUUUUGUCUAACAAAUAGACGCUUAAAAAGUACAGUGGAUGGUCCAGAAUUUUUUUUUCAUCAGCUCAAAUAUAAAGUUACCACAGUUCAGCAUAAGAAAAAACAAAAAAUCACUUACCCCCAAUCUCUUAACCUGUCCCCUGAAACAAUCAGCUUGUCAAAUCUUUUCCUCUUUAUGAGUAUUCUUAUAAUGCUUUACCUACAAUAACCAAAAAGUUUAAAAACAUAUAGGGUUUUUUUCUGUAUGUCUUAUGACUAGAGUUUUAAAAAUUACAUUUCUUCCUUCCUUUAAGAUGAUAUCCCUGUAAUUGUCAUGUUAGCCA